CGGGCGGGGCGGGGCCACCGACACUCGCGGGCGACCAGAGCGGCCCCGCGCCGUGACUCGCUCCUAGCGGCCCUCGCAGGAUGGGACGAGGCAUUGCAGCCGCUGCGCUGGGCGCUCGCGAGGACCGCCGUUGUGAGCAGUUCGACUUUCCGCCCAAACUGGGGGAUGAUAGACCGCGGGCACCUCUGAAUCUUAUGCCUUCAGUGAUACCAUAAUCCUCCGUGUCCUUCGAGGCCCUCCUGCUGCAGACAAGUCCCCUAUACUUCGGUACACACGAGCCUUUCGCGCCCACUGCAAUGCAGCCUCGGGAGGCAGGACAGACCCCUGCGAGUGUAGAUUGCAGCUGCAUCCCAGCUCCCCUCUCCCUGGCACGCUCCUCCACCUACAGCUGCGCUGAGCUGCCGCAUCUGAACGCAAAGCAAACGCUGCAGUGACGGUUCCUGCGUCACCUUAACAUCCAGAGGAAAUGCUAACGUUUCCCAUGUCUGUACCAUCUCUCAAUUGGCACUCUCAAAACAUUUGGCACGGUGUUUAGCACCCUAAUAAGACCUCGGCUUCCCUCGGGAGGGGAGGGAGCACUGGCAGUUGCUGGGUAAUUUGAAGACGACGGUGGAGGGUUUGGUAUCAACCAACAGCCCCAACGUCUGGUCUAAGUAUGGUGGCUUGGAGCGGCUUUGCAGGGACAUGCAGAGCAUCCUCUAUCAUGGGCUUAUCCAUGACCAGGCGUGCCGCCGCCAGACUGAUUACUGGCAGUUCGUGAAAGACAUCCGGUGGCUCAGUCCUCAUGCAGCCCUUCACGUGGAGAAGUUCAUCAGCUUGCACGAGAACGGCCAGAGCAGUGCUGAUGGUGUGAGUGAACCUGCUGUUGCCGAGCUGUGGCUGCAGCACAGCCUGCAGUGCCACUGCCUCUCAGCCCAGCUCCGGCCCCUGCUCGGGGAUAGACAGUAUAUCAGAAAAUUCUACACAGAUGCUGCCUUCCUGCUAAGUGACGCUCACGUCACGGCCAUGCUGCAGUGCCUGGAAGCAGUGGAACAGAACAACCCCCGUCUCCUGGCUCAGAUCGACGCGUCCAUGUUUGCCAGAAAGCACGAGAGCCCACUCCUGGUGACAAAGAGCCAGAGCCUGACAGCCCUGCCCAGUUCCACAUACACCCCUCCAACCAGCUAUGCUCAGCAUUCCUACUUUGGGUCCUUCUCUAGCCUCCAUCAAUCCGUGCCCAACAAUGGCUCAGAGAGAAGAUCUACUUCCUUUUCACUCUCUGGCCCUCCCCGGAAACCUCAAGAAAGCAGAGGGCACGUCUCACCAGCAGAGGAUCAAACCAUCCAAGCCCCCCCAGUUUCAGCCUCUGCACUAGCCAGGGAUUCCCCUUUGACCCCAAAUGAAAUGAGCUCCAGUACUCUGACCAGCCCCAUAGAGGCAUCCUGGGUCAGCAGCCAGAAUGAUUCCCCCGGUGAUGCCAGUGAAGGGCCUGAGUACCUGGCCAUUGGCAACUUGGACCCCCGAGGCCGGACUGCCAGCUGUCAGAGUCACAGCAGCAAUGCCGAGAGCAGCAGUUCCAAUUUGUUCUCCUCCAGCAGCUCCCAGAAGCCAGAUUCUGCUGCCUCUUCCUUAGGGGACCAGGAGGGAGGUGGGGAGAGCCAGCUGUCCAGUGUCCUCCGCAGGUCCAGCUUCUCAGAGGGGCAGACACUCACCAUCACCAGUGGGGCAAAGAAAAGCCAUAUUCGCUCCCAUUCGGAUACCAGCAUCGCCUCCAGAGGAGCUCCAGGAGGCCCCAGGAAUAUCACCAUUAUAGUUGAAGAUCCCAUUGCAGAAUCCUGCAACGAUAAGGCAAAGUUGAGAGGCCCCUUGCCCUACUCUGGUCAAAGCAGUGAGGUCAGCACACCCAGCUCUCUGUACAUGGAAUAUGAAGGUGGUCGGUACCUGUGCUCAGGGGAAGGCACGUUCCGAAGACCGUCAGAAGGGCAGUCCCUCAUCAGCUACCUCUCUGAGCAAGACUUCGGCAGCUGUGCCGACCUGGAAAAGGAGAAUGCCCACUUCAGCAUCUCAGAGUCCUUAAUUGCUGCCAUCGAGCUAAUGAAGUGCAACAUGAUGAGCCAGUGCCUAGAGGAGGAGGGCGUGGAAGAGGAAGACAGUGACAGAGAGAUCCAGGAGCUGAAGCAGAAGAUCCGCCUUCGGCGCCAGCAAAUCCGCACCAAGAACCUGCUCCCCAUGUACCAGGAGGCUGAGCACGGAAGCUUUCGGGUCACCUCCAGCAGCUCCCAGUUCAGCUCACGUGAUUCGGCACAGCUCUCUGACUCUGGCUCUGCUGAUGAGGUUGAUGAAUUUGAAAUCCAAGAUGGUAGCGAAGGAUCUAACCUGACUCACAUAUCAAAGAACGGACUGUCAGUGUCACUGGCCUCGAUGUUCUCAGAUGCUGACAUCAGAAGGAACACAGCCUCAAGCAGCAAAUCCUUUGUUUCCUCCCAGUCCUUCUCCCACUGCUUCCUGCACUCCACAUCUGCUGAGGCGGUGGCCAUGGGGCUCCUGAAGCAGUUUGAGGGGAUGCAGCUUCCAGCCGCCUCAGAGCUGGAGUGGCUUGUCCCGGAGCAUGACGCCCCUCAGAAGCUCCUGCCCAUCCCUGACUCACUGCCCAUCUCACCGGAUGACGGGCAGCACGCUGACAUCUACAAGCUGCGGAUUCGUGUUCGUGGCAACUUGGAGUGGGCCCCCCCCCGGCCUCAGAUAAUUUUUAAUGUUCAUCCAGCCCCAACGAGGAAAAUUGCUGUGGCCAAGCAGAAUUACCGCUGUGCAGGAUGUGGCAUCCGGACUGACCCUGAUUAUAUCAAGCGACUGCGGUACUGUGAGUACCUGGGCAAGUACUUCUGCCAGUGCUGCCACGAGAAUGCCCAGAUGGCCAUCCCCAGCCGGGUUCUGCGCAAGUGGGACUUCAGCAAGUACUACGUCAGCAAUUUCUCCAAGGACCUGCUCAUUAAGAUAUGGAAUGAUCCUCUCUUCAACGUGCAGGACAUCAACAGUGCCCUCUAUAGGAAGGUCAAGCUGCUCAAUCAAGUCCGGCUGCUGCGGGUCCAGCUGUGUCACAUGAAGAACAUGUUCAAGACUUGCCGACUGGCCAAGGAGCUUCUGGAUUCCUUUGACACAGUCCCCGGCCACCUGACAGAGGACCUCCACCUGUACUCACUGAAUGACCUGACUGCUACCAGGAAGGGGGAGCUGGGGCCCCGGCUUGCUGAGCUCACCAGGGCAGGGGCUGCCCAUGUGGAGAGAUGCAUGCUCUGCCAAGCCAAGGGCUUCAUCUGUGAGUUCUGUCAGAAUGAGGAUGACAUCAUCUUUCCCUUUGAGCUCCAGAAGUGCCGGACCUGUGAAGAGUGUAAAGCGUGUUACCAUAAAGCCUGCUUCAAGUCUGGAAGCUGUCCGCGCUGCGAGCGGCUGCAGGCCCGGCGGGAGGCACUGGCCAGGCAGAGCCUGGAGUCUUACCUGUCGGACUACGAGGAGGAGCCCGCGGAAGCGCUGGCCCUGGAGGCUGCCGUCCUGGAGGCCACCUGAAGAAAGCACGUGAAGCCUCCCUCUGGGCCGGGGUCACACCUGUUGCAGAACUGAGCCACUCUGAAGGACUUGCCCCACCUGGGGCUUCUUUUUUUUUUUUUUUAAAUUAUCAUCAUCUUUUUUUUUUCUUUAGUGACUUGUCUGACGUCCAUGUGCAGUCAGCCGUCGGUAGGUUGAUGGGUCCAGUCUGUGAUGACAGAUAAUUUGUAAGCACCAGGUGUUUUCAUCAGAACCGACGUGCGGGUCCUUCAGUGAAGCUUCUAGUGCCUCUGUCAGUGGCAGAGACAGCAAGACCAAGUUCUUCCAGCGUCUGUGGCCUUCUCCUCUAGGUUUCACCUGCACGUCAGGUAUCAUUUCCAAUUUUCCUUUGUUUCAGUUCUGGAGCUUCUGAGCCAGGCCUUUCUCAGCCACCUCUCCUCCUGCUGCUGAAACGGGGAUGGCGUUUUCCCUCCCCUGUCCUGGACUGGGGUCAGACUAUGCCCCGAGGAGAAGCAGCAGAGAAUGGGACUACGUCAUGGGCAUUUUGUCCACUUCUUUGGGUAUUUUGGGGGCCACAGAACAAUCAUGACUAUCCUAGACUCCUCAGAGACCUCAGAGGCAGCCGUGAAGGUCCCUGUGUUGCUGGGAUUUCCUGUUUGAAAUAUUUGAAGCAUAGAUGAUGCCACAAGCUGACUUUCUUCGUCUACCCUGGUGAGCUUGAAGCAAAGAACAGAACUGAUGCUUAGGCCAGGCUCAUCUGUAGCCUUACGCCGCAAGCAUACGUGAGGCGACAGCUCUGUCACUGAAGGAGCGCUUACUCAGAGGAGCUGUCGGCCCCCUCUUAGGUGUUAAGGUCUCUUUUAGUUAACCUGGCUUUUUGGUGCAGGUGUGAUCUUUGAAGCUCAGGCAGGUCCCUGAUGCCAUCCUAAGGUGAGGACAGGAACCUCACCCACCAUCUUCUUAGCGUGUCCCUGAUGACUCUGUCCUCUGUUAGAUGGUCACUGUGGUUCUGAGUAAAAGUGCAACCCAACUCCGUUCUCUCUCCCCUUCCUGCAGCAGAGCUGGGUCCUUCCCUGGUGGCUGAGUCUCUCUUGCCUUAGCUUCUUUGGUCAAAGUUGGAGAAAAGCUUGCUGCUAUUAGUGCUGUUACAGAACUCGACAGUUUGUGGAUGUGAGUGUGAAUGUUCCUGUGUUCUUGGGAUAACAAGAGUCUUUAUGCUAAUUAUGCACUUAACUCUGUGUAGCCUGGUAAUGUUUAUCUGUUCAUUUGAUAAUGCUGAUUUUAGUGUGCUGCCCUCCUCCCGCCCAUUAAUGUGUGUGUUGGUGGUGAAGUCCUUCUGAUAAUGCUGAUUUUGGUGUGCUGCCUCCCCCUAUUAAUGUAUUUGUUGACAGUGAAGCCCUUUUGAUAAUGCUGAUUUUGGUGUGCUGUCUCCCCCUAUUGAUGUAUUUGUUGACAGUGAAGUCCUUUUGAUAAUGCUGAUUUUGGUGUGCUGCCUCCCCCUGUUAAUGUAUUUGUUGACAGUGAAGUCCUUUUGAUAAUGCUGAUUUUGGUGUGCUGCCUCCCCCUGUUAAUGUGUGUGUUGAUGGUGAAGUCCUUUUGAUAAUGCUGAUUUUGGUGUGCUGCCUCCCCCCAUUAAUGUGUGUGUUGAUGGUGAAGUCCUUCUGAUAAUGCUGAUUUUGGUGUGCUGCCUCCCCCUGUUAAUGUGUGUGUUGACGGUGAAGUCCUUGGGUGGGGCCGUGUGUGUGUGUGAUGUUCCUUAAGUUGAUGCAGCUUCUAACCUCUGUGAAAGCACUGGUCAGAGUGGCUUCUCCAAGAGCUGGCAGCUCUGUGAACUAAAGCCUGCAUCAUUUUUGUUCUGGGAUUGAAUUCUGCCCAUGGGCCUGUCUUCCCAUAGUUGCUUGCUGGUAGGAAAGAAAUGGGCGUAGGCGCUGCGCCUGGAAGCUGAACAGAAAGUUGCCUGUGGUUGGUGGCAGCUGAUGAGAGCUUGAGCUGGUGGUAAGAAGGAAUCUCCCAGGAAGUGGGAGAGGCAUUAAGGUGAUGGCCAGGGCUGAGGCUCCACCAACACGAGAGGGAACAUGUGGGAACUGGCCCCUGCCCUUGAUUCCUCUGCCUCAAAGUUGGGAUCUGAAAGCCACGUAGGGCUAGAAGACCCUGAGGCUGUUCUCCCUUCUGUUCAUAGUGAGACGCAAAAAGCCAAGUCCCCGAAGUUCUGCAGGGCUGUGACUAGAAGUGCCCAGGUCCUUCAGGGAGCUUUAAGAAUGACCCCACAGAACUCAAGUUUCACUAGGGGUUAGGUCCCAGAUUCAGACCCAGGGGCUUAUAAAAAUGGUGAGCUCUACUUCCAGUUUUGGUUUAAAUUACACAUCCAGGCCAGGCACGGUGGCUCAUGCCUGUAAUCCCAGCACUUUCAGAGGCCGAGGCAGGCAGAUCAUGAGGUCAGGAGAUCGAGACCAGCCUGGCCAAUGUGGUGAAACCCCGUCUCUUCCAAAAAUACAAAAAUUAGCCGGGCAUGGUGGUACACGCCUGUAAUCCCAGCUACUUGGGAGGCUGAGGCAGGAAAAUCGCUUGAACCUGGGAGGCAGAGGUUGCAGUGAGCCGAGAUUGCACCACUGCGCUCCAGCCUGGGCGACAGAGCGAGACUCCGUCUCAAAACAAAAAACAAAAAGGUGACACAUCCAGCUCUUUCUCCAGGUCGUUGCGCUGGAGGAGAGAUGUGCUGUGUUGUCCUGCCCGUUUCACAUCAGCAUGGGAUCAAAGGAUGACAAUGCUGACAGCUUCUGAAGCCGAACCCAACAGUCUCAUAGGGUCCUCACUUGUCACUUACUUUUCUCCAUCUCCCUCAACCGCACCCCAUCCCUUUAGAUUGUGCGUCUGUUUUAGUGACUCUGACACGAUGCUGUCAUCAGCGUCCAAAUACCCAGUUAUUUAUUUAUUCAAGAGCGGGGAAGCGGGUAGAGGAUGGGAUGUUUUGGAAGCACUUUGCAACUUACCACUAUCUGAAAAUCCCCUGCUGUUGCAGGGAGAAGCUUUGAAUGCACUGAAGAGAAUUCCUUGUACAUGAAGGCGGGUGGUAGUGUUCUUUCUGUAAGUAAAGGGAACGAAAAAAACAUAGUUUGCUUACCAGGUGGAGACAAGAUUCAAGACAUAGCAGAAGAGUGGAAGAUGAAUAUUUUCCACUUAAAUGAGGCUGUUUUUGACGUUCUCUGCCAAGGAUUUAGAGCUCUCAUUGAAUUAACAUAAAAGGAGCGCGAGUCUCAGUAGAGAUGUUCUGUGUGUACAGCCCGUGCUCUGAACUGGUUUCCACCUGCCGUGGUUCUUGCACAGCCUGGCAGUUCAUUGUCAUCUUUAAUAAACUAAGGAAAUGAAA